AUGACUCGAGUAAUAUCUGCUCUGAAACUUAAUGUGAAUAAUGUAUUUUUCUGGAGUGACUCUUCGAUAGUCUUGGCUUGGCUGAAAAAGGAGCUCUGUUGUAUGAAAACGUUUGUUGCUAAUCGAGUUGCGGUGUUUCAAGAAAUGACGGAGGUGCGACAGUGGCAUCUCGUCCCAUCUAAACAGAACCCUUCGGAUCUUAUAUCAAGAGUUGUUGAUCCGGCCAAAUUUCAACUGUGUGAACUGUGGUGGCGUGGUGCCCCAUUUCUUCUUCAACCUGUUAUGACUAAGUGCCAAGAUGAUAUCCCUGAGGAGUCCGAAGAACUGUAUCUUCGCGAAUUAAAACCACCAGCAGUAAGUGAAAUAUAUGCACUUAUUAACACUUAUGAGCCAUUAGAUGUCAUCAAUAAUUGUUCAUCUUACAACGAAUUGCUAAGAGUAGUGGCUUGGUGCAUAACACCAGAUCAUGAUGGAGUACUCAGAGUGGGUGGCAGACUGAAAAACAGUGACUUAAGUGAAAUGAGAAAACAUCCUAUGUCUGUGCAGCAACAGAUGGCUGAUUUACCAGCUGCGAGAGUGACCGUAUCAAGAGUUUUUGCUAAAACAGGACUCGAUUUCUGUGGUCCAUUUGUGGCCUUGCACUUUGAAAUUGUAAAUGAUUUAGCAAGUGCAGCAUUUACAGCAGCACUUAAACGUUUUAUUGUCAGGCGAGGUAAACCCUCAGAUAUUUUCAGUGAUAAUGGCAGAAAUUUUGUGAGUGCUCAUAGAGAAUUAAGAGCGAUUUUAAAAUCUUUAUUUAAGGAUAAAAGUGAGGAAGAAAUCAAAGGUUUCAAAGGUUAUUUGGCUAAUGAAGGUAUAAAUUGGCAUUUUAAUCCUCCCUCUACUCCUCACUUUGGAGGUUUAUGGGAAGCUAGUGUCAAAUCCCUUAAAUAUCACUUAAAACGUGUGGUGGGAAAAACAAUUCUACCUUAUGAAGAAUUUUUUACUCAAAUUUUUCAAAUUGAAUCUGUACUUAAUUCUCGCCCUCUUUGUCCCAUAUCAAAUGAUCCAAAUGAUGUAGAGGCAUUGACACCUGCUCACUUUCUUAUUGGUUCAUCUUUAAUUGCAUUGCCUGAACCUAAUUUUACAGAGAUUCCUAUAAAUCGGAUAACUAGAUGGCAAAUGGCUCAGAAAUUAAAUCAAAAAUGUCAAGAUAAUAUUAUUCGCGUUGUGACACUUAAAGAUAAAAAUGGAACCUAUAAAAGACCAAUGACAAAAAUUGAACCUUUGCCUUUUGUUAAUGAAAAGGUUUCAGUUACUUAA